AAUUUAUUUCAUUACAAUCGGCCAAACGAAAUUGAAAACCUAAUUGACAUUUUCGCUUUUAAAGAACAUCCUAUCAAUCAUAUUAUCAAUCAAAUCAAAGAUUUUGUAGGGCACUGGGCUCGUUUACUCGCUUUGGUAAGUUGCUCACGAUCAUGCAUGAAACAGGUUUUCAUAGAUUGAAGGCUAUCUCAGGUAAACCAUCUGACCACUUGUCACUGAACCUGAGCUCGAAAACCAUCCAAAGUGUUUAUUUCAAGCGUUCGUUGAUUCAUUUCGUUUAAAUACGGAGCAUGGGUCCCUUUCAUCGUCGAGGGGUGGACCAUCGGUUCGUGCGCCAAGUGGUCACUGUACAGCAUCAACCCUCCCAUUGGCUGCCCAUGGACAUUUGGGAAGUAGAGUGCAAGAUCAUGGAAGUGAAAAAAUACACUGCACCCUACUACGACAUUGAUGCCAAGUUUCGCAGGCCUGAUAUGGAGCUCAUCACAGCAUAUCAUGUUCAAAAUCCCUUUCUAAUGGGCAUGUACAACCUACGGAAAGAACAAUUGGCCAUGCAAAUGGCGCAAGACCACCACACGAUUAAGGAGAAGUUCUUAUAUUUUCCGACCAACUUCCGUAACUUGGAACUGAUCCUAAGGAACAACUUCCAAGCUGCCAUCCACCAGCCUAUCGAUAAGAUGAUGUUCUUCACCAACUCUGAGCAAGCUAAUCAAGCAUUAAGUGACAUGGAGACAGAUCAUGCCAACCCACGCUUAAUGCUCGUGGCUCGAGUUGCCAUUGGAUUGACUCGGGAAAUUGACGAUGAGCUUUGGAAGCAGGCCUUUUCAGGCAAGUUUCACCUCAAGUUGCCAUAUUUUUCCAAACCCGAGGACAACCUAGAAGGCCAGUUGCCCAUUGAUACGUUCUGCAACGAGGAUAAGACCAUCUUUAUUAAGAACAACUUUAACGAGGUCUAUCCGGAGCAGGUCCUCGUUUAUCGGGAUAAAAGAGGGGGAGCCGAUUCCCGAACGAGUCGUCUUACGGAUGUAAUCCAACAUUGCCAGCUCUCGUAUCGCUCUGGUAAACGAUUCAAUCCCGAUGAGGUUGCUUUCGAAGGGACCCCAGAUCAGAAUGGGACUGAGGAUGAUGAUCAUGAUCCCAAAGCGAAGAACCAGAAGAAGAGCAUGAAAUCUCUUUUCACACCCCGCAAAAGCAACCGAGUUGUCACCCAAGAGCCUCAGCCUUUAAUGGGGGAGGGUGCGAAGAAAAAUAAUGGGGCCAAGGGAGCAAUUCCCAAGACACAAGGAGGCGUCGCGGAAAAAGAUGCGAGACAGGAGUCCAUUCGCAAUGCCAUGGAGGCCACAUCGCUUUUGGGAUCCCCACCAAGAAGCAGAUCUGGAUCACCCGAUCCAAAACAUCCGGAUCACAUGCGCAUGCAAAUCCGUGGAGACAUUGUUCGGGAACACAUCAAAAAGUCCAAAUUCGCCAAUCAAGAGGAAUGAUGAUCUGUGCCAACCCUGUAUUAAUGGACAAUUGACAUCAUUUCUAACCAGCCAAAACAUAUGUAUGCAAUCUAUAUUCGGAAUCACAAUAGAAACUGAUAACCGCGGUA